AAAUUAAUUAAACACGACCGGCUAACCCUCUCCGGACUCUUAUCUGGCUUUUCACGCUACCUUCAAGGCCACCAUCGCUUCUUCUUCAACUAGCUGCGCCGGCCGCCGUAGCUUGCCUUCGGUUUAACUUCACUGUAGCUCAACGGUUUCCCUCAAGCAUCAAAACCCCUUUUGUUCAAUCAUGACUAGAUGUGGCUAACAUUCUAAGGGACGCAUUCUUGUUCUUGUAACAUCUUAUUGGUGAAAUGGAUUUGCUGCAUGGCAAAUUAAUGGUUUCACCAUUCGAAGAGGUGCCUUUCAUGGUUGCAAGCCAGAGAAUAUCAGAGUUCCUUAAACCCAACUUGUAUCCAGGUCUUAGUUCCCGUGAUCAGUUAAAGUUGUGUGCUUUUAAAAGGAUUUGUACUGAUCAUCCUUCAGAUAAAUGGGCUCAACUGAGAUUUUCAAAUCAUUCUGCUCGAUGCAGUUUCCUCAGUAUUCAAAAGAAUCAUUCUGCUGUAUCACACAGUCCUUUUUUUACUAGAGAGGAGUUAAACAGACAAUGCUACAUUCGUAACCUGCGUAACCAAAAUAAAUGUUCCAGAUAUGUAGCUGUAAGAUCUGAACUUGCAGAAAGUGGUGUCCCUGAUUCUGCCUAUCCGUUAUCAGAAUUUAAAUUCGGCUCAAAGGUCAGAGGGAUAUGCUUUUAUGCAGUUACUGCUAUUACCGCCAUUUUUCUAUUUGUCCUAAUGCUGGUCGCACAUCCUUUUGUGAUGCUUUUGGAUCGAUACAGAAGAAAAGCUCAACAUUUUAUUGCAAAAAUAUGGGCAACAUUAACUGUUGCUCCAUUUUUUACUGUUCAGUUUGAGGGCUUGGAAAAUCUGCCUCCGCCAGAUACUUCUGCUGUAUAUGUUUCAAAUCACCAGAGUUUUCUGGACAUAUAUACUCUGUUGAUACUCGGGAGAAGCUUCAAGUUCAUUAGCAAGACUAGUAUAUUUCUCUUCCCCAUUAUUGGCUGGGCGAUGUUUAUGCUGGGAACCAUUCCAUUGAAGCGUAUGAACAGCAAAAGCCAGUUGGACUGUCUUAAGCGAUGCAUGGAUCUUAUAAAGAAGGGGUCAUCUGUGUUUUUCUUCCCAGAGGGGACACGCAGUAAAGAUGGAAAGUUAGGUGCUUUCAAGAAAGGUGCAUUCAGUGUUGCUGCAAAAACUGGAGUACCAAUUGUUCCUAUGACCCUCAUAGGGACUGGGAAAAUUAUGCCUACAGGAAUGGAAAGCAUAGUGAAUCAAGGAUCAGUGAAAGUUGUUAUCCAUAAGCCUAUACAAGGAAGAGAUCCAGCUGCACUUUGCAAUGAAGCUAGAAACGUCAUCUCGGAAGCGCUCAAUCGUCAAUGACUCACUGUCGAGAAAUCAAUCUUGAAGCAGCUCCAUUGGCUGUGGCCGAAUCCUUGGUCAUUGAGCGACCUUUAUGAUAACAGUAGACGAACCUCAAAAACUGGCAACAGGUGACCGAAAUCAUUUGCCUCCCAGUUCCCCUCCGGAUUACUCGUGUAGUUGACACCAAACACGGUUUGAUUUUUUCUUUUCCUUUUUAUCUUCCUCUUUGUUCUUCUCCUUAUACCCUGUUACUCCUUACCGUCGGAGUGGGAAAAGCAAAAACGAAUGCUAUGUAGUGAAAAGAUGACAUGAUUUACAAUUCUAUAGAAACGAUGGAGGGUUAUGAAUGUAUUAGGUCUUUUAAGAGAUCGUAUCCCUCUAAACCCUGAACUGCUGAACUAUUUGGGGUAGGUCAUGACUAGUGAAAGAAUGGCAUGACUUGACAUGUUAUCUAGGUACCAUAAUGCUCAUAAAAAUCUUUUUGGUUUUUUGAUA